AAAAAAACUUCAUUUUCUACGACUGUCAGCAGCAGUUGAUCACGAGACGAUAGAGAAAGAACAAGUUGUGCUUGGAAAUGUUCUGAAGUUCUCCGGAAUUUAUUGAAGUUCAUUGGAACAAUUUGUGGGAUCAAUGAAAAUUCCCAUUAAUUACUGAAGUCAAUAAAAAUCUCACAGACAUAACAAUCAAGUGAACAAUGGCAGAUACUGAUUUCAUAGGAAAUUUUCUAGGACCGUUCGGGAAAUGGCAGCUGCGGGCUACUUUUAUCAUCUAUCUCGUCAAAAUUCCAUCCGCAUGGUGAGGAUUGUUGAAUUUAUAAUGACAAUAUGAUCUGCUAGACUUGCGGACUAGUAUGAUGCUUACCAGUGAGCUUUAUGCAAGGAAAUGAUGAUUAGCCAGGUUCUAGUGGGAAUGGCUUUUAAAAAAAUUACUAAAAAUACGGCUUGAUCAAAAGAUUUUUUAUGGCCACAGUUUCAAAGUCAACGCUCUUAGACCUUUUAGUGAUAGUAACGUUCAAAAUACCGAUAUGUUAAUGAACUGAAUUGUUUUGACAAGUGUUAAUGCUUUGACGCAUCGACGAUUCGAAACAAUAACCUUGAUAUUUAAUUCAUACUAUUUCUCUGUAUUUCCAGGUUUAUGGCUUGUGUGAGUAAUCCAAAAGUUUCCCAUAAAUCAGAUUAAAGUCAAAAUAAACUCAUUCCAGCUCAUCUUCACAGCAAAAACACCAGAGCCUGGAGAAAUAUUCUGUCAUCAGCCAGACAACAUUUCCAUAGAAAAUUCAACAUCCUUUUGGAUUAAAGCUGCUCACAUGAAACAAUUCAGCAUUAUUGAGGAUGAAGUGUCUUAUGACCUUUGCACAACUUACAAUAAUUCUGUUGAUAGAUUCUUAAGUCGAAAUUUCAGAGAUAAUGGCACAUUAGAGUCAUGCACAAGAUUCGAGCAUGUAAUUGAAAAUAACUACUUCUCAUUAAUUCAUCAGUUUGACACGUUUUGCAAUCGUGAUUGGCUCGUGCCAUUGACACAGAGUUUUCAUCUUUUAGGGGUUUUGAUUGGAGGAAUUGUUGCUAAUCAUUUACUUAAGAUGAUAAGUCCACGUGAAACAAUGCUGAUCGGAAUGAUUUCACAAAUUUUCUUCGGCAUUGCCACUGGCUAUGCACCUACAUACCUCUUACAUAUUCUCUUUCGAGCUGCUGUUGCUGGAACAUGUAGUUUACAAUGUAUCGGUAUAAUGAUAUUGUCAGACAUAACAUUGGGAAAAUAUCGAGCAACUGUCGUAUCCCAAUUUGAACAAUUUUGGGCAUUGGGAUUGAUACUUUUGCCAUUUGUGGGCGGCUGGUGGAGCAGUUGGGCAUUGGUUUAUGUUGCCAUAACAUUACCGACGUUUAUUUUAAUGUUUCUAUAUCCAUUCAUUCCGGACUCACCUCGAUGGCUUAUUAAACAUGAACGAGUUGACGAUGCCUUAAAUGUUCUGCUCGAUGCAGCAAAAAUUAAUGGCAAAAAUGACAUUUCAAAAGAGCAGCUCCGACAUAAACUUGAAAUGAUGUCAAUUGAAUCGAAAAAGGAACCACUGGAGCCAUCAUGGUGGAAUCUUUGGGAUGGAAAUUUUGCAUUUAAAAGAAAAUUAAUUGUUGCACAUUUGGGAUGGUCAAUUUACUUGAUGCUUCACUUUGCAUAUUUGCUGCAUGUUCGAGACAUGGGCAGGAAUUAUUUACAAAUAAAUACAGUCAUGAUAGGAGUAUGUGAAGUAAUCGGUACACUUAUAGCACUCUAUCUAAUUUUAUAUACCACAAAGAAGUGGAUGUGGAUGAGUUUAUUGAAUAUUGUAACAUCGUUUGUUGCAUGCUCUGCAGUUUUUGUGCCAUACACAGUACCACCGAUGUACCGUAUUGUGAUUUAUAUGAUAACUGUUGUCAUUGCUAAAGCAACAGUUUCAACAAGUCUCGCUGUUUUCAUAACAUGCAAUCCAGAAAUUGUCACAAAAGAUAAGAAGCGACUCUGCAAUUACUCCGCAAUGACUUGUUCGAGAACUUUGGUUAUGAUUUCACCAUUUAUUGACUAUUUUGCAAAGUAUGGGCAGUUGAUACCGCAAUACAUAAUGGCUGUUAUGAACAUAACGAUUUCAUUACUAAUUAUGACUUGCAUUGACACGCCAAGAACAGUUCCUAUGCAAAAGCAAAACAAUGAAGUGCAAAUCUAUCAAAUUCCAGUCACUAACACAGCUGGUAGCAAUGCGGAAAGUACUCAACAGUGAUAAUUGGACAUGAUGGUAAUUAAAAUGUAAAUCUAUUGUUUAAUUAAAUUAUAACUGGAACUGCUACUUAUUGAAAUAUUAAUUCAAUUAUCUGUUAAUAAACAGUCAGUCUAUGAAUAUGCAUUUUGCAAUUGUUUGUUAAUUUGACUAAUUUAGUGGAUGAUUUAUUAUGAGGAAAUCGGAAUUUACAUUUUGGAACAAUUAAAAUUAAUGGAUGUAAUGUAAUGCAAGUUUAAACUAGAUUAGUAAAGUUACAAUUGUGGUGGACUUUUGUGAUUUCAUUGAUUAGGGAAAUUGCCAUGUCUAGAGGACUCCAAAGAGCCCGGAUUCUUUCUUUCGAGAGUUGGAUUUGUCGCUGCUUUCAGUAGGUUGACCCUACCUAAACUCAAAUCAUUCUGUCUACGCAGCUAACUUGAUGUUAUUUCUCCAGCAUUGCUCUGUAGUGUGUAUGUAAGGAUUCUAUGUCAACGACAACAGUCGGGUGUCGUUUUCAAAGACAGACUACAAAGUAGCUGAAUGCUACUUUCCUUCAAAAGCAUUCCAGCAUAGAAGCACAAUUAUAACAAAACGUCACUGCACUUGCUUCAUUCCACUUAAAAUGUUCUAGAUGCUCAUAGCACAAUAGGUGACACAGUUCACAACAUAAAUUACAAACUAUAAACUCUAUUUUAAGAUGCAAAAA